AUGGCAAAAGACUCGUCCCCAGUUUUACAAAAAAGUAUCGAAAUCAUGAAAAAUCUGCAACUGUGGCCUCAAAAUGAACAAACAAAUUUACGUCGACGCUAUUUAAUUGUUAUUCUUCUCUGUUCCCCUUUAACCGUAGGACUAGCAGCACACCUCAUUGUGUGUUUAAAAGAUAAUCUAGACGUAGACUUAAGUGCAAACAUUGCUGUCUUAUCUGCAGUCGCAGGCUUGACCUAUAUGCUCAUCGUAUUCGUCUGGAGCCACGAUAAACUUGUCCAUCUUCUGGCAAAACUAGGUACCCAUGAAAUAUUUGGCGCCCCUGAUAAUUUCAAAAAACGCAGUGGAAGGCUCAACUUAUAUUCUAGAUUGUAUUUAUACUAUGCUGAUGGUGGGCUCCUAGUUUACGCAUUAUGGCAAAUCGUAGAAAUGCCUGAAUGUCGUAAACUGAAUCAAGAAAAAGGUCUAAGUGAAAUUUGUGGUUUGAUUGUACCCUUUUGGGCACCAUUUAAUAUCGAGUGGUUCCCACUAAAACACAUUAUCUGGAUUAAUCAACUCUUUGGACUUUAUAUUAUUAUUACGGGAGGUGCAGCGGUUUCAAUGACUACAUUUGAAGUAGCUCAGUAUAUCUGUCUCAAAAUUAAGCACCUUAACAGACUUUUGAGAGAAGCUUACGACGAUCCUCGGGAGGAAGUCAUAGAAAACAAGCUCCUACACUGCAUUCGUUAUCAACAACAUAUCAUCAGAACAAAUGAACUGUUUAAUGUCUGUUACAAACACUGCAAUGGAUGCUAUGUAGUCAUGGUGGGAAUCAUAAUUGCCAGUCUUUUAAACCAAAUUCUAAAAGAAAAAAGCGUUGGAGCUGUGAUUCAUUUUGCAGGAUGGAUAUGCAGCUUUUUUAUCUGUUGCCAUGCUGGUCAGGCUGUUCUCUCAGAAAGUUUGACCGUCCCACAAGCAGCUCUGAAUUCAAAAUGGUACGAAGCACCACUCAAAUCACAAAAAGAGUUGCUUUUGCUCUUGGUCCGCUCUCAAAAAGCUUUCAACCUUCAGGCAACUCCUGUGGGAAUUAUGUCUUUUGACCUUUUUAUUACAUUACUAAAAACUUCAUACUCUUAUUUCACUCUUUUGCACCAAUCCACGUAAGAACGCUUAUCUGGAAGAUUAAUUAGGAAAAAUAAAUUAGUGUUUGUUUGCCUGUAGUUGAC